AUGGCCCUGGUUCUGAAAACCCACAAAAUAGAACCGGAGUCAUAUUCCAUUAUUCCUAGCUCAGGUAUUCUGGCGAGUUGGGCGGCCUGCUUUGAAGACUCUAAUUUUUUCAAAGUAAACGCCCCGGGCUCCUGCAAGGGACCGGACACCCAGCCAAGGGCAUCCGGGGGCGCCAGGGAGGCAGGGUCUGAGACAGGCAGUGGCUCGUGUCGCGGCAGACCACCAGCCCACUCCCGAGAUCCAACUACGACGUUAAACCAAACAAACAGCCGCACCCGUGCACUGCUCAGGCUGCUUGUCACAAAUCAUUAUAACGUUUCCCUCAGAAUCUCUGAUUCUGCAUGCAUACAGAGUUAUACUUACGCAGUAUCGCACGAGCAAGAGUGCGGUUAUACCGAAUAUCGGCACGGCUGCGAUUCGGCUAACAUCACGCCUUUCCAUUGUUGUUUGGUUUUAUAUAUCAUUUUGUGUAUUUGUGUGUGUCUUGUAGCGGCGUUGUGCGCUGAGGUGGAGGAGCGAUUAAUUAAUAACCUCCUUUCUCCUGAACGCUACAACAAGCUCAUACGACCUGCAGUGAACAAGAGCCAGCAGGUGACCAUCGCCAUCCAGGUGUCUCUAGCUCAGCUCAUCAGUGUGAAUGAAAGGGAACAGAUUAUGACCACCAACUGCUGGCUCACUCAGGUGUGGAAUGAUUACCGAUUAAUGUGGAACCCAGACGAGUACGAAGGUGUCAUGAAAGUUCGUCUUCCGUCACAGCACAUAUGGCUGCCAGACAUCGUCCUCUACAAUAAUGCGGACGGGACUUACGAGGUGUCUUUCUACUCCAACGCCGUCGUGUCCAGCAAUGGUGAGGUUGCUUGGUUGCCUCCAGCCAUCUAUAAAAGUGCGUGUAAGAUUGAGGUGCGAAACUUUCCAUUCGACCAACAGAACUGCACACUGAAGUUCCGCUCGUGGACGUACGACCACACGGAGAUUGACCUGGUCUUGCUGUCCGACUUCGCAAGCCGCGAUGACUUCAAACCCAGUGGUGAAUGGGAUAUUGUGUCUCUUCCCGGUCGCAAGAAUGAAGACCCAGAUGACUUCACUUACCUGGAUAUCACUUACGACUUCAUCAUCAGGCGCAAGCCGCUUUUCUACACCAUCAACCUGAUCGUUCCGUGUGUUCUUAUCACAUCUCUGGCCAUCUUGGUUUUCUACUUGCCCUCGGACUGUGGAGAGAAGAUAACCUUGUGUAUCUCAGUCCUCUUGGCCCUAACUGUUUUCCUCCUUCUCAUCUCCAAGAUUGUGCCUCCGACCUCGCUGGCUGUGCCGCUCAUUGGCAAGUAUCUGAUGUUCACCAUGGUGCUGGUGACCUUCUCCAUCGUCACCAGCGUGUGCGUGCUAAACAUUCAUCACCGCUCUCCGAGCACACACACCAUGCCACCGUGGGUCAAGAGCUUCUUCUUGAAUCAUCUGCCAGCGUUGUUGUUCAUGCAAAGGCCUGGGUCGUCCAACGUCCGUGAGAAAUUCCGGCGCAUGCACCAACAUCGCUCGUUCUCUGAGAACACUCUUAAAAGAGAGCAGGACGCUCUGUCGGAUUCCACGUUCUUUGUGAAUGAGGACUCCAAAGCCUUCAGCCGGAGGAAUAGAGAAAUGCAGGAUAACACAGAGAUCCGGAAACGGCUAGCAGUGAAGUGCUCAGCGGAUAUGGAGAUGGCUGUGGAGGGCGUGAGAUACAUUGCUGACAAGAUAAAGAGCGAGGAUGAUGACGAAGCGAUCAUUGAGGACUGGAAAUACGUGGCGAUGGUAAUAGACCGACUCUUCCUGUGGAUCUUUGUGUUGGUUUGCGUUUCUGGAACUGUUGGCCUCUUCAUGCAGCCUCUGGUUAAGAGCUACAACACUCAAUUGGAUGACAACACCGAGUGACACACACACACACACACACACACACACACACAUGAAAACCAGCUCCUGCUCACUCCCAAUUUAGAAACUGUGAAUGUAAAGCUGUUCACUACUUAGCACUGGACCCAG